AUGCACUGGCGACACAUCAAGCUCCGGAACCCUUUGCGACCGCGGUCACAAACUUUGCUAGAGACUAUCCUAGCAAAAGAGGCCGAGAAGAAGAAGACCGCCAAGCAGGAGCAGAAGAAGCUGGAGAAAGACCGGGACAUCUCCCUCGCCCGUCUCGAGCGUCGAGAGGCCAUUUGGCCCCGACUGAAACGUUUUCUGCGCAGAAUGGCGCCUGCCGACUUCUGGGAGAAGCUUCCCGCCGGGAUGGUGGAGGGAAUGACAGAGCAGGAGGCAGCGGUGGUGACUGCCGAGGAGGGUGAGGACGAAGUGGUGCUGGAGGGCAGAGAGGGAACAGACGAUGAAGAGGAGGAGGACGACGAGAUUUAG